CGAGAUGGUCCGUAACCGGCCUGGAAGUGACAGGGAUUCUGUUGCACAGCUAGUGGACUAAUUGACACUAGGGGAAAAGCAAAUUAUGUUAGAGUACAAUGAAAGACUGUACGUAAACCCCUUAAGUUGGGCCUCUGGAUAGCCCAAGUAGCCCAGUGAGCACGUUUUGCUGGAAUCAUAUCAGCGUUGGACCUUCUGAUGUUUGUGACAUUCGACUACUUCACGCCAACGCACAGCUGUGGAUGUUGGACACGGAGCGAUGACUGCUGUAUCUUCAGAAUAUGCCCACCAGACUAAGGGCCCACGAAUAUUGGCUGUCUUUUGGACCAUGACUAGUCUUGCAAUUCUAGCUGUGGCAGCCAGGCUCUUCAUCCGUAUCAAAGUCUUGCGCAACCCAGGUGCAGACGACUGGUUGAUCGCAACGUCAAUGUUUUUCAGCAUAUCAUAUUCUGUAGUAACCACGGUCGACGUCGCUCUAGGUUACGGAAAACAUGCAGUCGUCAUAGCAGAUAGACUAGAACUCGUUCUGCUAGUCAACUAUAUCAACUUCGCCUUGGGCAUAAUCUCCUUCGCCUUACCCAAAUUAGCCGUGGCUGCCCUGCUGAGCCGUUUUCUGAAUCCGACAACGAUACAACGCGCGAUCUUGUGGGGAUUGACGGGGUUUGUGGCACUGGUGUCGUGUAUUUGCAUCUUGGUGCUCUUUACCAUGUGCGAUCCAGCGAAAGCUCUUUGGGAAACGUCCCUUCUGUCAAAGGGCGCGAGUUGCCGGAGCUCGUGGAUCCUUGUGGACUAUGCCAUCUUCACUGGAGCCAUAUCUGCCUUUACGGAUCUGUAUUUGGCAAUUUAUCCGACAGUCAUCUUACUAAAGCUUCAUAUGUCGAUGCGGAAACGAUUGGCGUUGUGUGCAGCGCUGGGUCUGAGUGCAGUCGCUUGUGCAAUGGCAAUCAUCAAGUGCAUGCAGCUACCAGGUCUUGCCGAUCUCAGCGAUACGACAUAUGCCACGGCCGACCUUGUGAUAUGGACAAGUAUCGAAUCAAACGUCGUGAUCCUAGCCUCAUGUAUCCCCACGUUACAACCGCUUCUCGAAAUAAUUCUCGGAAAGCGCAGUCUGAGAAGUACCGGCGGAUAUCAGUACAAAGAGAGCAGUACCCAAUUGCCCGAGUCUAACAAGUGGAGCAGCAAGCGAUCUGGACACCGGAAAAGUAAAGGCAAUAUGAUGAUUGCAGACAUUGGCAGCCAGGAUAGCAUCUUGCAGAUAGGUGACGAUCACGAGGACGAAAGCCAUUAUAUGGGGCACAUCCGUCGUACAGAUAAAAUCACUGUUGUGUACGAAAGUGUGACACCACAGCCAGGUGGUGCUGAUAAAACAAAUGACCCUGUAAAAUAGGAGAGUUACACUGAGGGUGUUUCUGACAUGCUUUUUUUUUUUUUUCUUUCUCCGCCUUCUUUGUGUGUUGGUCUUUCAUUAAGUGCUUGUAGUUUUUCCAUUGAAUAGGCGCAAAGUUGUAUGAGCCCCCAAAGAUGUUUUUGAGAAGCUGAAGUGCUUCAUCUAGAAUAAGUUUAGACGCUUGCUAUGAUGAUGUGUUAGCAUGACGGUUCAACACUAUCGAGCCUAAAUG